AGCUGUUAGCUUUAGUCUGUUGCCAUAUUUCUGUGUUUGACGGGUCAGAUCUGCUCCUGAUAAAAGAAUAAAAAUGUGGAAUGAUAAAAGAGAAAAAACGGAGCGAAGCGGCGAGGAUCUGUUCGACAGCAUCAUCAUGGCGGAGGAAAAGUUCCAUGGAGAAGGUUACAAAGAGGGCUAUGAGAAAGGAGCACACAGGGGUCUACAGGAGGGCCGCAGACACGGGGCCGUGCACGGGGCCCGGCUCUCCACAGAGGUUUCCUUUUACCACGGCUUUGCUGUCACUUGGAAAUGUCUCCUCCAGAACAAUACAGAUCCCAAAUCCAGGAAGCGUGUGAAGACUCUAGAAGCGUUCUUGAGUUUGAUGGAGAACGCUCCUUUAGAUGAUCCUCAGUCUGAGAAGCUGAAGGACGACAUGGACAAGCUGCGUGUCAAAUUCAGACAGGUCUGCUCCGUGUUAAACGUCCCCACAGACUUUAAGGACUUCUUCAAAUCAGCCGAGGGGACGUCCUUCUGAGCAGGACCAGAGUGUGUGGACACUGAAAACUGAGAGGCCAGAGCCUCAGCCUGUGUGCGGUGUGACCUGCAGUGUGGACGAGGGACAGUGUGGACGAGGGACAGUGUGGACCAGGGACAGUGUGGACCAGGGACAGUGUGGACCAGGGACAGUGUGGACGAGGGACAGUGUGGACGAGGGACAGUGUGGACCAGGGACAGUGUGGACGAGGGACAGUUUGGACGAGGGACAGUGUGGACGAGGGACAGUGCGGACGAGGGACAGUGCGGACCAGGGACAGUUUGGACGAGGGACAGUGUG